CUUCCGCGGCUUCCACACCACCUUAGCUCGGCCGGUGGCGGUCUGCUUCCGACCGUCCGCCGGUUUGCUUGCUUGCUUGCUUCAUCUGCCUCCGCCGCACCUCGCCUCCGUCCAGCCAGCCAGCCAGCGCCAAGUCAAGCGAUCCGGCCGCACCCAGCCUCGACCUACCCGGCCGACCCGUGAGGGCGGUGUGUUUGCCCUUCAACGGCCUCGCCUCGCCUCGAGGUGUGAGCUCCUCCGACAUCUGCUGCGGCGCCGCCGUUUCUGCAAGCAGGGUUAUCUUCCCUUCUCGCCGCCAGGAGUGAGUCUGUGAGUGGGUCGUCACUGGGCGGGGCUCUUCCACCACCUGCAGGGAGAAGGGAAAAAAAAGGGCAGCAGCUUGGAUUCUUGCUAGGGGGGCGCGGUUGGUCAGCUCGAGAGAGAAGCUGACCGGGUUUGGGCGUCGAGAUUUCGAUUGACUUUUGAGGUACCCGGGGUAUAGUCUACAAUACAGGUUGCUUCUUCUUGCACGCUGCUUUCUUGGCUCUGUGGCUACCGACCUUGCUGGCUUUCCCUCCCGAAUUAGCGGCUGAGCUCCAUCCAGACCUUGCAAAGAUUGGACCUUUGGGGGGCGGUUCGCUCACUCCUAGCUUGCCUCGCUGGCUGGUCUUUGAGCUUCUCGUGCUACGAGCCAAGGGAGGCCAUCUUUUCCUGCUCGGUUCUGUCGUGCAAACGGGAAAGAUUGAGCUGAUCUGCUGCUAGCUGGGGAUCCUGCAGAGGCUACCGCGUUCUUCUUGUCUGGAGUGCACAGUGCAUGGGCAGUGGGUGAACUGGUAGAGAGCAAGAUGGGGAAUUGCAUCGACACCACGGCGCGGGUAGAUCACAGCAUGAACAAUGCUGCCUACCCAUCAAAAGUGACCAGCAAGACAAGUUUGUCGUCAGUCCCUUCCACAAUUAAGAGCAACUCAAGUCGUUCAACACUGACUCUUCCAUCAAUGAGAGAUCGAAAUGAGCUUCCUACUCCUCGGACAGAAGGUGAAAUAUUGUCAUCUUCUAAUUUGAAGGCAUUCACGUUCAAUGAUCUAAAAAAUGCAACCAAGAACUUCCGACCGGACAGCCUUCUUGGGGAAGGAGGGUUUGGGCAUGUCUACAAAGGUUGGAUUGAUGAGCACACGCUUGCUCCUUCAAGACCUGGGAGUGGUAUGGUUGUUGCUGUGAAGAAGCUUAAACCGGAAGGUUUUCAAGGACACAAGGAAUGGCUGACAGAGGUUGAUUACCUUGGCCAACUUCACCACAAGAAUCUUGUUAAGCUCAUUGGUUAUUGCUCAGAUGGUGACAACCGGCUUCUGGUGUAUGAAUUUAUGCCCAAGGGAAGUUUGGAGAACCAUCUGUUUAGAAGAGGCGCUGAUCCUUUGUCAUGGGCAAUAAGGCUCAAAGUUGCCAUUGGAGCUGCUAGGGGCUUGUCAUUUUUACAUGAUGCUGAAAACCAAGUCAUAUAUCGUGAUUUCAAGGCAUCAAACAUUCUUCUCGAUUCGGAAUUCAACGCAAAACUUUCAGAUUUUGGCUUGGCAAAAGCCGGUCCAACUGGGGAUAAAACCCAUGUAUCCACACAAGUCAUGGGUACUCAUGGAUAUGCAGCUCCAGAGUACAUUGCAACAGGCCGUCUCUCUGCAAAGGCAGAUGUCUAUAGCUUCGGGGUGGUGUUGCUUGAACUGCUCACUGGAAGAAGGGCUCUGGAUAAAUCAAAACCAGGCUUUGAGCAGAACCUAGUUGACUGGGCCAGACCUCACCUGGGCGACAAGCGCAGACUGUACCGUAUCAUGGACACGAAGUUGGGAGGACAGUACCCCAAAAAGGGCGCAAAUGCCAUUGCAAGCAUUGCCUCGCAAUGCAUUUGCGGUGACGCCAAGCUGCGGCCUCCAAUGUCGCAGGUGCUGGAAGAGCUGGAACAGCUACAAGAUGCCAAAUAUGGUGCACCAUCGCCAUUAGUCGACAUCCGGAAAGCCUCGCACGCUGCCCCCAAAUCGCCUAUGACCAGCACCCCAAAAUCGCCGCUGAGCAGCACCCCAAAAUCGCCGAUGAGAGCUCAACCGGCAGCACGGCCUUCGCCACGGCGCUCGCUUGGAGCAGCAGCACCUUUGGCAGGAUACCGCACUGCCCAAGUGCACUAGAACUUUGCCCAAGUGCACUAGAACUGGACUUAUUAGCGGGGCCAAGGCCCCUGUAGGCUGUGUGUUUGUGGGCUCAAGCUGUGAGCACUGAGCAUGUUGUAGCUUUUGCUUCUACUGAUGUUUCGGCGAUGGUGUGUGCCACGGGAAUAUGACCAUGUCAACCUUAUGAUAAGUUGUCAGGCCUGGUUCAUUAUUGACCUGUGUCGUGACUGUUCCGAAAUUCACUCACUUGGCAUCAAUGUCUUGAUCU